AUGUCGAAGAAAAUAAUCAUUGUUGGUGGCCACGGAAAUGCACGUACCAUCCCCUUUUCGCUCCUAAUUCGCAGUCGGAGGCUGACAUCGCUUGGCAUUCACACAGACCCUGCACAAGAGCAGGACAUCAAAGAUUUAUCUGCAACACCGCUCGUGCUGUCCUUGGAGGAUUCACCCGUGUCUGACUUUACCGCAGCGUUCACCGGGAAGGAUGUUGUGUAUUUCUCCGCAGGAGCCGGUGCGCGAGGUGGGGAGGAGCGAACGAAGAAGGUAGAUUACGAAGGCGCUCUGAAAGUGUUCGAUGCCAUCGAGGCUGUCGAUAGCCCAAAGCCGAGGCUCAUUCUCGUGUCAGCAGUGGACAUACGCGACCCAGCAAAGAUACCUGCUCACUAUAACGAAGAAGACAUCGCUAUGUCGAAUAGAAUCAGAAAGGUUAUAGCUGCAUACAUGCACUGGAAAUAUGAAGCGGAUAAGAAUCUGGCCAAACGCACCGCCUUCAAAUGGACUAUACUCCGUCCUGGAGGGUUGACUAAUGCACCAGGCGUUGGAACUGCCUCCAUCGGAAGGACACAUUUGACCACAACCAUCACAAGGGAUGAUGUGGCUAAAGCCCUUGCACUUCUUGUGGACAGAGAGGAUGCAGCUAGCUUGGCAAUUGAUUACGUUGGAGGAGACACGCCUAUCGAAGAGGGUCUAAACGCUUUCAUUGCCAAGGGUGAAACAGAUUUUCUAGGAUAG